AUGUCGGCCCGAGAGACCUUGUUCGCUUUCAUCUUAGUUGUCUCGGCGCUCGCUGGACUUGCGUCGGCCGCCCCAACCUCCGACACUCCCAACGAUCCAGAUGCAAAGCCCCAUGCCGUGAAUCAGCUUGCCUGCGGCGGCGCCGGGGAUGCCAAAACUGACAGCGCCACUAGUGGCACCACCGCCAACCCUUAG